AUUCUUUUCACUCAUUGAGUCAUGUUCGGCUCCUUUCCUCUUCUUCUUCUUCCUCUUCCUCGUCUUCCUAUAUAAAAGCCCUACCUUUUCCCUCCUCUGCUCCUCAAGCAUCCUCCGGGUUCACUCUAUUCCCAUGGAGAGGCAUCAGCUGCAUGUCCUGAUCUUCUCCGCGAGUGUUCUGGCAGCUCUGCUUGCCUAUGGCGCCAGAGGGUCCCAGUACACCUCGGCGGUCGGCGACCCGGGAAUGAGGAGGGAUGGGCUGAGGGUGGCCUUCGAAGCUUGGAACUUCUGCAAUGAGGUCGGCAAAGAGGAAGCUCCGGGCAUGGGAAGCCCCAGAGCUGCUGACUGCUUCGAUGUCUCCUCAAGUAAGCUCAGACAUAGAAGACCCAGAAACAGUAAACUGAUUGCUUCCCCCGUUUCAUCGUCUGAUUCUACACUGAGCCACAAGGUGACAGAGGAAGUGAACAGGCUUGGAGUGGGCAAACCAUUCCCGGGUCUGAGCCGAGAAGCCCUGAAGGACCCAGACAAGUAUGCGGUGGAGAAGGAGCUCUACUUGGGCUCCCUUUGCGAAGUCCAGGACACGCCGAGGCCGUGGCAUUUCUGGAUGGUCAUGCUCAAGAACGGGAACUACGACACGACCUCGGGUCUCUGCCCCAUGAAUGGCAAGAAGGUCCCGCCUUUUGAGCCCGGGAGGUUCCCGUGUUUUGGGGAAGGCUGUAUGAAUCAGCCGACAUUGUAUCACCAGCCGACCGAGUUGGCCAACGGGAGGAAAUUGAGGGGGUGGUUCAAUGGGACUUAUGAUCUAGGGGCUUCUGAGAGUGGGAGCAUGUCGUACUAUGAAGUUGUCUGGGAGAAGAAGUUGGGCGGUGGGGGUUGGGUCUUCAGCCACAAGCUCAGGACUUCCAAGAAGUAUCCAUGGCUCAUGCUGUACCUUCGGGCUGAUGCCACCAAAGGCUUCUCCGGUGGGUACCAUUAUGACACCAGAGGGAUGCUCAAGAUCCUUCCCGAGUCACCGAACUUCAAAGUCCGAGUGACCUUAGAUGUGAAAAAAGGGGGAGGCCCCAAGAGCCAGUUCUACCUGAUCGACAUAGGGAGCUGCUGGAAGAACGAUGGCUCACCCUGUGAUGGGGACGUCGUCACUGAUGUGACCCGAUACAGCGAGAUGAUCAUCAACCCUGAGACCCCGGCCUGGUGCAGUCCCAAAGGGUUGCAGAACUGCCCACCUUACCAUAUUACGCCCGACGAUAGGAAGAUAUACAGAAACGACACCAAGAACUUCCCGUACGGAGCAUACCAUUAUUACUGUGUUCCUGGGAAUGCCAAGCACUUGGAGGAGCCCUAUAGCAUAUGUGACCCGUAUAGCAACCCACAGGCACAGGAGCUGGUCCAGUUACUGCCCCACCCCAUAUGGGCCGAGUAUGGCUACCCAACCAAGCAAGGGGAUGGGUGGGUUGGAGACUCUAGGACAUGGGAGCUCGAUGUCGGAGGGUUGUCCAGUCGACUCUACUUCUAUCAGGAUCCGGGUACUAAACCUGCUAGAAGGAUUUGGACAUCAAUCGAUAUGGGCACAGAAAUUUUCGUGAGCAACCAGGAUGAAGUGGCAGAGUGGACUCUCAGUGACUUCGACGUACUUCUAACAUCCGAAGACUCGGAUUUGAGUUACGAGCCUCGUAUGUUCCUUUGAGGGGCCGUACUAUUCAUUUUUCCAUCCCGAGUGGAGCAACACCAACUAAAGAAAGGAUUUGGCGCUUUGCUAAUUUUAAUCAAAAUAAUUGUAUUUGUUGACGUUAGGAGAGCCCUAAAACUCCCGCAAGGGCAAGGGCCUCAUUGAUUCCCAAUUCGUUACGAAAAUGCUCUGAAUGCAAUAGUUUCUAUCUUCUUCUUCGAUUCAAAAUAUUUGAUCGCCUCCUUGUAAACCUUAAACGAUGCAAUACAAUUUACAUACCUUUCGACUUGGA